CUUCUCAACGUGCGUCCGGAUCUGAAACAAGCGAAAAAGAGAUAUUCCGGAAGUCUGGGGAGGACGAACUCGUCUGAGUAAAUAUCGCUUCGUAAGAUGGGAGACAGUGAUGAUGAGUAUGAUCGCAGGAGGAGAGACAAAUUUAGGAGAGAAAGAAGUGACUACGACCGCUCCAGAGAAAGAGAAGAAAGACGGAGAGAUGACUGGAAUGACAGGGAGUGGGACAGAGGCAGAGAGAGAAGGAGCCGCGGAGAAUAUAGGGAUUAUGAUCGUGGCCGAAGAGAGCGGUUUUCUCCUCCGAGACAUGACAUCAGCCCACAGCAGAAGCGCAUGAGAAGAGAUUGGGACGACCAUGGUGGAGACCCGUACAGAGGUGGAUAUGAUUUAGGUUAUGGUGGUGGGGGAGGCCCAAGCUAUGGGCCGCCACAGCACUGGGGACAUCCUGACUUGCACCUCAUGCAGCCUCAUCAUGGCAUCCCAAUUCAGGCGAGGCUUGGGAACAUCCACGACAUGGAUCGGGGUCCUCCCCCUCUGGUCAUGAAGAGCUUCAAGGAGUUCCUAGUGUCCCUGGACGAUUCUGUGGAUGAAACCGAAGCGGUCAAACGGUACAAUGAGUACAAGAUUGACUUCCGCCGGCAGCAGAUGCAGGAAUUCUUUUUGGCUCAUAAAGAUGAAGAGUGGUUCAGGUCCAAGUAUCAUCCAGACGAAGCCAGCCGACUGAGAGCUGAGGCCCAGAGCGGCCUGAGGAACCGGCUGAACGUCUUCAUGUUCUUGAAGGAGAAUGGCUGGUUUGAUAACGUCUCCCUGGACAUUGAGCAGACACCAGCCAUCAUCAAGGUCUUGGAUGCAGCUGUGAUAAAGAUGGAAGGCGGGACAGAUCAUGAUCUAAGAAUCCUGGACAUGCCAUCUGAGGAGGAGGAGGCAGCAAGAGAGAGGGCAGCAUCUGGGUCUGGGGGAGCCGACCCCUCCAAGAGGAGUGACCUGAAAGGCCCGGAGUGUGACAACAAAACCUUAGUCGAUACAGACAAGACUGAGAAGGAGGACCUCAGCGCUGCUGGCACUGAAGGAGGCGCCGCCAAGGAUGAGGGGAAAGAGGAGGAAAAGAAAGACUCGGUCAGAGAAGAUAAACCAGAACCCAAAAAGGCGCGAAGGAAGCGGAAGCACAGCGGAGACAGUGACGACGACGCCAGUCCAUCGGAGAGCGAGUCGGAGUCUGAAUCGGAGUGCUCUGAGAAAUCUGUGAAGAAAGACGAUGCGGAGGAAAAGGAUGACGACGAAGAGGAGGAUGAGGACGAAGACGUGAAACCUAAAGGGAAAACUGAGGAGAAAGAAGAGGACAAGAAGCCGAAAGAUGAUUCCCCCAAACCUCGCCCGCUGCACCGCACCUGCUCUCUCUUCAUGAGAAGCAUCGCACCAUCCAUCUCCAAGGCUGAGAUUGUUGCUCUGUGCCGCAGGUACCCAGGCUUUCUACGUGUUUGCUUGGCCGACCCACACCCUGAAAGAAGGUUCUUCAGGCGCUGCUGGGUGACAUUUGACCGCAGUGUCAACAUCAAAGAGGUCUGCUGGAACCUGCAGAACAUUCGCCUGAGAGACUGUGAACUGGCGCCCGGAGUGAACAGGGAUUUGGCUCGGCGGGUGCGGCACGUCAAUGGCAUCACUCAGCACAAGCAGGUGCUCCGCAACGACAUUAAGCUGGCUGCCAAACUCAUCCACGCCCUGGAUGACAAAGGAGAGCUGUGGAGCAACAAGUCCCAGGACGAUGGCACCGAGUCUCCGGGGCAGAACCCCAUCCUGAAGAACAUCACAGACUACCUGAUAGAAGAAGUGAGUGCUGAGGAGGAGGAGCUGCUGGGCUCCAUGAGUGGGAUGGAACCAGAGGAAGGAGUCAAGGAAUCAAACCCCACUGAGACUACGGUGGAGAGAGACGACAAGUUAGCCAAGGUUCUGGACCGUCUGGUCUUGUAUCUGAGGAUCGUCCAUUCGAUUGACUACUACAACACCUGCGAGUACCCCAGUGAGGAUGAGAUGCCUAAUCGCUGCGGCAUGAUCCAUGUGCGUGGACCCAUCCCUCCCAACCGCAUCACCAACGGAGAAGUGACACAGUGGCAGAAGAUGGUAGAAGAAAAGAUGAGUCCAUUAUUCUGCGCAAAAGAAAUUCUGUCAGAAGACGAGGCGGGGAAAAUGGGGCGCAAGGAUCCGGAGGAAGAGGUGGAAAAAUUCAUUUCCUCCAACACCCAGGAGCUGGGAAAGGAUAAAUGGCUGUGUCCGCUCAGUGGCAAGAAGUUCAAGGGACCGGAGUUUGUCCGCAAACACAUCCUCAAUAAACACGGCGACAAAAUAGAGGCGGUGAAAAAGGAGGUGGUGUUCUUCAACAACUUCCUGAUGGACGCCAAGCGACCGUCUCUGCCGGAGAUGAAGCUGCCUCCUCUUCCGGCUCCAGGUUUGCUCUCGCCCAGCAUGCCCUUCCCUCCUCAAGCCCCCCAGCCUCCCAUGGCCUUCGGUCAGCCGCACCCCCCUCUGAUGGGCUUCGGUGGUGGCCCGCCGUACCCGCCCAACCAGUUUGGAGGUGGCAGAGGCAACUACGACAGCUUUCGAGGACAAGGUGGUUAUCUGGGAAAACCACGCAACAUCAGAAUGUCUCGCGGGGAUCCCAGAAACAUCAUCGAGUACCGUGACCUGGAUGCUCCGGACGACAUGGACUUCUUCUAGUCUGCCUCCCACGUCUGUCUGGGACUGUGGUUGAAGAAGAACCGGUGUCUGCUGUACACUUUCUGCUCAAUAAAGUGGUGACUAACUUCAGUGUAAUUCUUGUCCCGUCA